CAGAGACACUGAACGGUGAUUGAGAGAGAAGAGAGCUGAACGGCGGUGGCGGCAGCCAUCUUAAAACUACCGCACUAAUCCGAGAUAUACAUCUUCUGGAUAUUUUUUGCAACACUGAGCUAAAUCAGAUUUUACCGGGCGAGAGGAGACAGAAUAAGAGUGUUUAAAUCUUUCGCUGUUUUUAUUACGAAGACGGGAUGCGGAUCCGCGGGGUGAAGCCUUUCGCUUCUGCAGUCGGUCUGCUUUUAGGACUAUUAUGCGCGGUGGAGGCAGCCAAAGUAAAUAAGCACAAGCCAUGGAUUGAGACCACGUAUCAUGGUAUCGUAACGGAAAAUGACGACAAAGUUCUCCUGGACCCUCCGCUGAUAGCCUUGGAUAAAGAUGCCCCGUUGCGCUAUGCAGAGAGUUUUGAGGUGACCUUCACCAAAGAAGGGGAGAUCUGUGGCUUCAGGAUUCAUGGGCAGAACGUGCCGUUCGCGGCGGUGGUGUUGGAUAAGUCCACUGGCGAGGGCGUGAUCCGGGCCAAGGAUAAACUGGAUUGUGAGCUGCAAAAGGAGCAUACCUUCACCAUCCAGGCCUAUGACUGUGGAGAGGGACCUGAUGGCGGCAACAUGAAGAAAUCUCACAAGGCUACCGUCCACAUCCAAGUGAAUGACAUGAAUGAGUAUUCACCGGUGUUCAAAGAGAAGUCCUACAAAGCCACAGUGAUCGAGGGCAAAAAGUAUGACAGCGUCCUGAAGGUGGAGGCUGUGGACGCUGACUGCUCUUUCCAGUUCAGUCAGAUCUGCAGCUAUGAGAUUGUCACCCCAGAUGUGCCCUUUACCAUUGACAAGGAUGGCAACAUCAAGAACACAGAGAAGCUGAACUACAGCAAGGAACGCAUGUACAAGCUCACUGUGACCGCAUAUGACUGCGGUAAAAACCGUGCGUCUGAGGACGUUCUUGUGAAAAUCAACAUCAAACCCACCUGCAAACCAAGCUGGCAAGGAUUUAAUAAAAGGAUUGAAUAUGAGCCUGGUACAGGAAGUCUAGCCCUGUUCCCCAGCAUGCACCUGGAGACCUGCGAGGAGCCAAUCACCUCCAUUCAGGUCAGCAUCAUGCUGGAGACUAAUCACAUCGGCAAGGGUUGUGACCGCGACACGUACUCCGAAAAAUCCCUGCACAAGCUGUGCGGUGCCAGCGCUGGCACUGUGGAGCUGUUGCCUGCUCCCAGCAACUCUGCCAACUGGACUGUUGGCUUGCCCACUGACAAUGGGCACGACAGCGACCAGGUGUUUGAGUUUAAUGGCACCCAGGCCAUCAAGGUCCCUGAGGGUGUGGUGAGCACCACCCUGAAAGAGCCCUUCACCAUCUCAGUGUGGAUGAGACACGGACCUGGAGGCAGGGAGAAGGAGACCAUACUCUGCAACUCUGACAAGACCGAGAUGAACAGGCACCACUAUUCCCUGUACGUACACAACUGUCGUCUAGUGCUGCUGCUGCGUCAGGAACCCACCGAAUCCGAGAACUACAAACCAGCUGAAUUCCACUGGAAACUCGAUCAAGUGUGUGAUAAAGAAUGGCAUCACUAUGUGUUGAACAUCGAGUUCCCAACAGUGACUUUGUUUGUGGAUGGUGCCACCUUUGAGCCCUUCCUGGUCACGGAGGAUUACCCUCUGCAUGCCUCCAAGAUCGAAACCCAGCUCACCAUCGGCGCCUGCUGGCAAGACCUCUCAGGACAUGACAAUGAUACUGAGACUCUCUCAGAGACUUUGACAGGUGGCAGCGCCCUCAUGACUCAGUACUUCCGGGGCAACCUGACUGGACUCAUGAUCCGCUCUGGCAAACUGGAGAACAAGAAAGUUAUCGACUGCCUCUACACCUGCAAGGAAGGUCUUGAUGUGCAGCUUCCAGAGGAAGUAGCCUCUGCUGUGAAGGUGGAGUUUAACCCCAACCAGUCCUCUCUGACUCUGGAGGGAGAUGACAUUGAGAGCUUUGAGAAGGUCAUGCAGCACAUCUCCUACCUAAAUUCCCGGCAGUUCCCCACCCCAGGAAUCCGCCAUCUGCGUGUCACCACCACUGUCAAAUGCUUCAAUGAGGAGACGUGCAUCUCUGUGCCUGACUCUGAAGGAUACGUGAUGGUUCUCCAGCCAGAGGAGCCAAAGAUCAGCCUCAGUGGAAUUGACCAUUUUGCCCGUGGAGCAGCUGAAUUUGAGAGUACGGAGGGCGUUACGCUCUUCCCUGAGCUGCGCAUCGUCAGCACCAUCACCCGUGAGGUGGAGGUGGAGGUGGAAGCUGAGACCGAGGCCGAAGGCGAGGAUGAUCCAACAGUGCAAGAGACGGUGGUAUCUGAGGAGAUUAUGCAUAACUUGGACACGUGUGAGGUGACUGUGGUGGGAGAUGAACUGAAUGGAGAUCAUGAGAGUUUGGAGGUGGAUCUGGCCCAAAUCCAGCAGAGAGCUCUGGAGAUGAGCUCUUCCAACGUGGGCAUGGUCAUCACAGGGGUUAACACCAUGGCGAACUAUGAACAGGUCCUGCAUCUGAUCCGCUACAGGAACUGGCACACAGAGGCUCUGUUUGACAGGAAGUUUAAACUUGUCUGCUCUGAACUCAAUGGCCGCUACAUCAGCAAUGAAUUCAAAGUCGAGGUCAACGUGAUCCAUACAGCCAACCCCAUGGAUCAUGCUAACAACGCUAUGGUACAGCCUCAGUUCAUCAACCAAGUACAGCAUGCUUCAGUGGACCUGUCUGGACACAACCUGGCUUACAUGCAUCAGGCCUCAGUUGUCCCCAGCGCAGCCACCGUUGUUAUUGUUGUGUGCGUGAGCUUCCUGGUGUUUAUGAUCAUCCUUGGUGUCUUCCGUAUCCGUGCUGCCCACCAGGGCACCUUGAGGGACCAGGAAAACGGCAAAGAGAACGAGAUGGACUGGGAUGACUCUGCCCUCACCAUCACCGUCAACCCAAUGGAGACUUACGAGGAUCAGCACAGCAGCGAAGAGGAAGGAGAUGAGGAAGAGGAAGAGAGCGAGGAUGGAGAGGAGGAAGACGACAUCACUAGCGCAGAGUCAGACAGCAGUGAGGAUGAGGGUGGCGAACAGGAAGACCAGCAGGGUUCAAGCAGACAGCAGCAGCUGGAGUGGGACGACUCCACCUACUGAUCCUCCUGAGCACACAGUACACACUACUUACCAUCACACACACACACACACAAACUCACACGAUGACAAAUCCACCCACACACAGUCACAUCCCUCUGCCAAUAGGGACGCCCAUGUUCCCCCUACCUAAGGAGCCAUGCGUAAAAAUGCAGAAAACACUGAAAACUAAACAACUAUACAAUAUAUGUACAAUAUAGAUACGAAUAUAUCCGGUGUCUGUCGUGACAGUCCGCUUCAUUUCCACCUGCCAAGGCUUCCCUACCGACAUCUUAUUGUGGUGGUAUUCAGUGUAGUAUAGUAUCACAGCUAUCUCAAUACAAGUUCCUAAUUUAUUGAAUCUUUUUCUGUCCUAUCCGAGGGAAUCCUGACCUGCAUUUGCAUUUUUUUAAAGCUCUGUAUGGACACAUCCCUGCACUUUUACUUUUCAAAUUGAGCUUUGAGAAUGAUUUAAUGUAUAUUCCUUGCACAUGAUGUUUUAGGUUGAUUCGCUAAAGGAAUUUUGAGGAAAAACUCUUUCCGAUCACUUUUUUUCCUCUUUAUAUUGCAUGGCAAGAUUUGGAAUCAUGGGUAUGGAAGACAACUGCUUUUUGAUAUUUUGUAAAUAAGACAAAACCAUGUAAUUAGUCAGUGUGUUAGUGAAAGCCUAACCAAUGGUUUCCGGUAUCUAAAAAAACACAGUACCUGCUGUAGAAUAUUGUGUCAGAUGCUCUUAGCAUGUUUCAGAAACUUUCAGUAAAUCUCAUGCUCGUACAAAAGACGUCCGCUUCACAGAGAGAAACCCAGAGGCUGAGGUUUCUGUGGCAAAGUGUCAUUCAUUUUGUCUUUUCUCUUGGAGGUGGGUGUGCAUCUUUUUGUUUCGUUUCGUUCCGUUUCGUUUCGUAGUGUUGGAUGGGCGUAGAGUUGGUUCAGUGCUUUUGCUUUACAUAUGCUAAUUCUAGCUGGGCUUGCAAUAGCACAAAAGCUACACCAAGGCUUCAGUGUUUUUAUUUCAGUGACGUUUUGGGGACUAAUAAUCACAUUCAGGUGAUGAAUAUACUGUUGUUUUUUUCACGUGGUACUGUAUGUUGUACAGUUUAGGCACACUGCAGUUAUUUAAGCCAUUCUUAAGUGAUAGUGCUUGUAUUUUCUGUAAUAAAUAGAGACCAAUUGGAAUCACAGUAUGCACUCUAAUAACCCAGUUCGAAUAAUGGAAAAUGGGUGCGCUGGUGAUUUAUCGACAAUGUGAGCAUUGAAAGGUCCGUUGUGUACUGUUUCAACAGACCUCUUGCUAAAUUUAGAUGGUCAGUUACAUUAAGUGUACUAAACAAAAUUAUUGGGUUGAUUUUAUUAUAUAUAUGUAGUAUUUUUAGUGAUGUUUUUUUUAUUUUCAAAUUCAGGGUUAACCCAAGUUAUUCUUGUCAUUUCAAGGCCCCUAAAAGCAUUAAAAGGGCUAAUUUGCCUAUCAGCGCAUUAAAAGAAAUGCAUUUCAACUCUUAAAGCAUAACAUAUUUUUGCAGUAUGGCCGUUGGAUUUUAUUGUACAUGGAACUGUACUGUAGAGUUGUGUAAAGAUAUUUGUUUACAUUUGGUAAACUUUUAUUCCUUUUUGGUGAUGCUAUCAAUCUACUCCAGAUUUGCAGGUCAUUUCUCCUCGUAGACGCUCUCAGAAUCAUGCCAUAGUUUAAUUUUCUUACCGUGAUUGGACAUUUUGGGAUGCACCCCCUCCAAAAUGGUCAUUUAUUGGAGAAAUUAAUACUCCGUUCCCUUUGGGCUGGAAAAAAGAAUGUUGAUUAUUUAGGACAUUGUACAUUGUUUGAUUGUUUAGUAAAGACGGACGUGAAGCUUUAGGGUACAGAUUUGUUUUGUUUACAUGCCUGAAUAUUCUCAGUUUAAGGCCUAGGCUACAAGGCUUUGUUAUGAUUGGUGGUAUGAAUAUAAUUUUGUUAUGUCAGAAAAGGUACAAUGUGGGAAGUUGUCGAGAAGGUCCAUUUUUGAGACCCAUGAAAGGGCGACGGGAGAUUACAUGUUUUGGUCAUCAGGUCCCCCCUUCAAAAUUGACAGGACUUUUAAAAAGAGGUCCAGAAUUCUAGCUGGCGGAGUUGGGAGUGCCUUUAGCCUGUCACAGCGCAUUAAUAACACAACUAACCAAACAUUCAUCCAUGUCAUUUUAGUUGUUGCAAUUUUCUCAUUUUAUAAUGAUUUAAUAUUAGAUUUCUUACAGGUAUGCGGAAGUGAUUUUAAUUUUCUGUUAGGGAUCAACAGCUAGUUUUAUCAAGAGUGGACGUUUUAAUUGUCCUGAAUAGAUGUCUUGUGUUCAUGUUGAUGUGUAGAGAAAAUAGGUCCAUACUGUAUCAUCAAUGAAUAUUGUACUAAAUAAUGUUUGAGGAAAUCCACUUCGAAAAAAUGUACAUUAUUAUAGGCAGCAAAUGUGGGUAUGAGUUUAAGAAUAUGUGUAUAGUGAAAGGUGUAUCUCCUGAUAACGCUGUAGAGGGCAGCAUGAAAUUCACAAGAAGCAGAUACAUAAUGAUUUCUCACACUAACGUAAGUCUCUCACAGUGUAUUCUCAACUUGCAAUCCUUUUGAAAACUGGUUGAUCGAUGUAGACCAUUCCAUGAGACCAAAUUUAGUAUAAUCAAUGUUUGUACUGAAAAUCGCACAAUUGUUUGUAUCUUCCCUCCUGUCCCCUGAUGCAAAUAUUCAUCUGCAGGUUCUCAAGGGAAAGCUCAUGUGAAUUGUAUUUCAAACAAUGUGAUUUUGACGAUUUUAAGGCACUGGCGCAGAAACUUUCCAUAAUAAAUAAAAGCAGUCUGUGCUGAGUGUUGAACGGCUGCAGAUGGUGCUUGUCUAACGGGGCAUUGUCUUUGCAUGUAUAACACAAGAUAUAAAUAUUUCCUGUAACUGGCAUAUGGUACUGUGGGUUUGGAGCGGAGUAGAUGGGACAGGAUACUGGUGAUACUACUGAAUCAAAGAUUAUCUGUCUCAGAUUUGCAGCCUUCAGUGGUCAUUGUUCACAUUUUGAAUUACUUUUAUUUUUUUUGCUGUAGAAAUGAAAACUGGGGAUGUUGUAGAACUGUUGGAUGCUCCUUCCAGCUCAUUCACAUUUCUAUUAUUCAAAGGAGUAAUUAUAGUGAAGUCGAUGCUUGCUCAUGAACAAAAUAAAGGAUGAGAUGGGAAUAAA